AUGUCCGAGCCUGAGCCUAAAACAGAACAAACAGUUACUCUUCUUCCUCAGUACGAAGAUAUCAAUGCUGAAAAUGAUGUCAUGUUUACUCUUAAUGAUACUAAAGGAUUAUCCCUUAAACUAGGAGGAAAAGGCAAAUUUGAUGUUAAUUACUCAAUUGGUGGAGCUUUAAGACCAACCAAAGUAGCAAUUGUUCCGCAAGUGAAUGGAGAAUUUUCAAUUUUAUCUCUUCCAAUUCGUUCUUUAUAUCUUAGUUUACUAAAAAGCUUUCCAAAAUGCAGUAUUACUUCAACAUUAUCAAGCGAUAUGGUUGACUUAUCUGCUAUUGUAAAUCCAACUCCAUUUGCAAUUGGAAAAGCUGGAUUUUUAACUAAUUUUCAAAUGUGGAAUGCUUAUGCAUUUGCAAUUUUCCGUCAACCAUGGUCAAAUUAUUGUGUAAGCUUUUCUACAUCAGAAUUGAAGAAGCCUGAACUUCAAUCUGCAUCAGCAGUCAUUGGUCACCCGAAUAUAAACUUUGGAAUUCAAUAUACUCCACAAGAUCCUGCUGCAAAGCUUUCAUUAAUGUGUUAUGCAAACAUAAAAUCUUACAAAUUCCAUAUGGCAUCAAAUAUUAUGAAUUAUAAAGCAAGACUUGUCAAAACCAUCAAUCCACAGCUCUCAGUUGGUCUUCAAGUGAGAGUUAAUCGUAUGCCAGCAUUUGUUGCUGCAGAUUUAUCAUGGAUUUACACAAACAAAGAUACUCAAGUCCAUUCAAUCAUUUCUACAAACGGUGAUGUGUUCUCAGAGCUUUCAAGAAAGCUGAAUGAAAAAGUGGCUUUAAACGUUAAUUGUUGCCUCAAUCACUUAGAAGCAGAUUAUAGUUUCGGAAUUGAUCUUUCUAUCAACCAAUAA